CAGAGCAUAGCAGAGCACAAUACAGAGAAAAACCACCUAUAUACUGCAUAACAUGGACCCCCAGGACUGCAAUUGUGAAACAGGUGCUUCCUGCUCCUGUGCAAAUAAAUGUGUAUGCAGCAAUUGCAAGUGCACAUCUUGCAAGAAAAGCUGCUGUUCCUGCUGUCCAGCUGAGUGCAGUAAAUGCAGCAAGGGCUGCCACUGUGAAAAGGAAAGCAAGAAGUGCAGCUGCUGUAACUGAUCGACUUUGCUUCUGCAAUUGGACAGCUUUAUAAUACAUUCAUUUACUUACUCUGAUGUGUUUGAUUUGUAACCGCAGUACUUUUGUGUAAUUGUAAAAUCUUGCAUAGGAUCCAAAAGUGUGGGGCUGCCCCCUCUCAAGGCAGCCACUGAGCAGUGGGUAGAGGACUAAUUAUGAAGGUCACUUAGGGUAACAUUUGGGGUAAAUGAUUACUUGUAGUCCUGCAACAGCUACUAAAAUUUCUACAUAACCAAAUGCAGUAGAAACUGGCAAAUAGUUGUCAGUUUCUUGUGACACGAAUCUGGCUUUAUAUUUGAAAUUCAGUUUGUCGAAUGUUAUGAUUUUUCAUAAAUCUCCAGUUUUUCCUAAAUAGUUCGCACAAGUCUAGUUAGUAAUAUGCUGUAACCUUAUCAUUAUGGGUUAAGGGGACCUGACCAACUUGACUGCCAAAAUUUGUGAUACAUAUAUACUUCUUUGUUAAGUUUGUCAUAAUAAAAAAAAGAUGAUUCAGCAUGUA